CCACACCAGGGGCAGGGCUGGGGCCGGAGCCUCCACUGCCCUCGCAGAUGGGGAGGGAAAGUAGAGUGAGCCCCAUCGGCUGCCCCUGUCCCUGGUGGAGCGAGUGAUACUUGGCUUGCACUUCCCUGAGCCUAGUGGUUGCGAACAUCGGCCUCAGAGUCAGACUGAGGUCUUGGUGAUGGCCACUUACCUGCUCUGUGAUCCUGGGCAAGUCAUGUAAACUCUCUGAGCCCCCUUCUCCUCGUCUGUGAAGCGGGGUCAGUAACACCUACCUUGCUGGGUCCAUGUGAGGUUAAAGAAAAUAGAAUGGCAGAGACCUACCUGCCCGGCACUGGGAACCCUCUCCAUAGAAGUGGUAGGUAACUUGAUGACCUCUAGCCCUUCCUGGGGCUGUGAGGAGUCAGGCCUGGCCCGGGGAGUUGGAAACCUGAGCAGAUGAGGUGGUUGGAGAUGGAGCCAGCGUAUGGCAGGCUAUUGGAAGGAAAAGAGAAAGAUGUUUACUGCCAAAGUUCCACUGAAGUUAUCAGAGUGUGACAUAGGUCUGACUCCCUCCUAACCCCUAUCUAGGGACACAUUCCUGACAUGAGUCAUCCACCACUCCUGCUGUAGAUUCCGGCCUCUGCCCUCCUUUGCCAUCUCUGAGGCAAAGGUGUCAGGAACAGGUGGUGCCAGUUGCUGUCCUCCCCUCUCCUUGGGAAGAUGGGCCCAACAGGAAGCGGCUCGGGGCUUUAAGAUUCUGCUGCAGAGAAGCUGGCAGAGGGUGUGACGGAAGGGUCGCUAUGGGUUGCCAUGCCUGAAUGGCCUCAUCACCAGGGCUCUGGAGGCAGGAAGAGGAAGCUGGGCAGGAAGGCAGGGAAAGAGUUGGAGCGGUGCCAGCAGCAGGCGGACGAGGUGAAGGAAAUCAUGCUCAAGAACUUUGACAAGGUCCUGGAGCGCGAUGGGAAACUGGCAGACCUGGAGCAGCGUUCAGACCAACUCCUGGACAUGAGCUCAGCUUUCAGUAAGACAACCAAGACUCUGGCCCAGAAGAAGCGCUGGGAGAACACACGUUGGCGUAUCUACCUGGGACUGGUGGUGGGCGGUGGCCUGCUCAUCAUCCUGAUUGCGUUGCUGGUCAUCUUUCUCCCACAGACAAGUGAGGGCAGCAGUGCCCCACAGGCCCAGGACGCAGGUGCUGCCUCGGGGCCUGGGGACUGACCCAGCUGGGCCUGGAGGAGAGGCCAAAUGGCCUCAGUGACUGGUUCUGGACUCCAAAGAACCUUGGCAUUUGCUCCCACCUGAGCCACUGCAGUUAGCGCCCAAGGGCAGCUCCAAAGUGUGCACCUUUGCAUCUCCUAUCAUGCCACACACUGGCCCUUGAGGGCAGCCUGCUGCACUGGCCAUGCCAGGCUUGCCCCACUUAGAGCUCAGUAAACACUGCUGCUUGGUUAAAAGCUGCUGUUUGAUUAACAGCUGGUGUGUGUGUGUGUGUGUGUGUGUGUGUGUGUGUCUGUGUCUUUCAAGGUCUCCGGUUGGCUCAUUUUGCUCUGCCUUUACCCUUUAGGCUACUUAGAAAGGCUACCAACCCAAGGGCUCCAUUCUUGGGAAGUGGCCCCUUCCACUCACUUCCUUACUUGAUCCAACCCUACACAGACAGGCGUAAAGGCACAACUGCCCCCAAACAAGACCCUUCAAGUGUUGCCCUCUGAGUGUGUUUCCCUGAGAAUGAAAUCUGUUAUUAUUCAUUCUGGGGAGGCUCAGAGGACCAAUGGCAUUCCAGAUGGGAUGGCAAAGAGGAAAGCACUUCAGAGAUUUUUAUGUCACAAGGCUCUCACCUUCAGAUAGACUUUUUGUCUUCUGAACACUUCCUCCUCCCCAGUUUCUCUGCUUGUGUUUUUCCUGAAGCUUUACAUCAGAUCACAGAUUAGGCAGGU